CCAAAAGAUACCAAUUACGAGGAAGCCGAAGAAAACUACGAAGAAGAAGAAGAAAAUAUCAACGAUGAAAUUGAAAGUAUAAAAAAGCGAGUACAACAAAUGCAAGAGGAACACGCCAAGAUUAAAGAAAUGCAAUCAGAAAUUGAAAGGAACUUGAGCACUGUUGCUGAAAAUCAAGAAGAAAUUGAUUCUAGAUCUAUUUAUGUAGGAAAUGUUGAUUACGGAUCUGUUGCUGAGGAAUUGGAAAACCACUUUAAACAAGCUGGUGAUAUCAUCAGAAUCACAAUCAAGAGUGACAAGAUGGGUAAUCCUAAAGGUUUUGCUUAUAUUGAAUUUAAAGACAAGAGUUCUGUUGAAAAUGCUCUCCAACUCAACGGUUCAACAUUUAGAAAUAGAGAAUUGAAAGUCUUUGCUAAGAGAACCAAUAUUCCAGGGUUGAGUACAACAACUAGGGGAAGAGGUAGAGGAAGAGGUGCUCCAAGAGGAGCUCCACGUGGUGGAUUUGUCCCAAGAGGUGGCAGAGGAAGAGGAGGUCGUGGACGUGGUAGAGGUGGUGGUCCAUACUAAGCUUAUUAAACAAUUAUUUCAAAUUU